AGGGGUGGGGGGGGGGAGGAGCGGGGCCUGGGGAUCGCGGUGCGCGAGUGCGGCCUAAAGCAGGAGAUGGCCAUCUUGGAGUAUAACUGUUGUAUAAAGAGAGACAAGCACGUUGGCUAGAUCUGUGCAAACAGCAUCUUUGGAGCCAUUGCUGAGCAAAAAGACUCACUUCCAGAAUGAAGAAAAUUAGCCUUAAAACAAUAAGGAAAUCCUUUAACUUGAAUAAAAGUAAAGAUGAAAGUGACUUUGUGGUGGUGCAACAGCCAGCAGUUGCCAAUGAAUUUGUGAAGGAGGACUCUCUUUUCAGUUGCUAUGGGAAAGAAUUGGCUGGCAGUGAGUUAAGCAGAGCAGAAGAAGAUGAAAAAGGAUCUAAGAAUAAGACAAAAGGUGAAGGCUUAAUGGGUACACUGAAAAGGAGACUUUCUGCUAAGCAGAAACAAAAGGGUAAAGGGAGUUCACCAUCUGCCGGCUCGAUGGAGGAUGACACAUUUUCAUUCUCUUCAACACGAACAAGCAUUAAUGAUUUGAAAGCUCAAAGGCCUUUAAGAUCGACAUCACUCCGGGGCCACCAUUACAGUCCUACACCUUGGCCUCUGCGAUCAGCCAGCUCUGAGGAGACCUGCAUAAAAAUGGAAGUUAAGGUCAAAGCAAUGGUUCACAAUAAUAGUCCAAACCCGGCAUUAAAUGGAGUUCGUAAGGAGUUCCAUGACAUGCAGACAGACCAUGUGUUUCAGGAUCAGGGCAAUGCAAUCAAAGAGUCCCAGAAUGGUGGUUCACAUCUAAAUAUUAAUGAAACCUGUCAUGUGCCUGUAGUUAUUGGAUUAAUGCCUCAGGACUAUAUUCAGUACACAAUGCCUUUAGACGAGGAAAUGUAUCCUAUUGAUGGGUCCCGUAACUAUUGUCUUGACAAUCCCUUGCCAAUGGAAGUUGCAUCAGUGCCAUCCCAGGUAUGUACAGGUACCCUACAAAUGGAUGAAGGCCACAUGGCCUCAGAUUUAGUGGUUUCCUCUGAUAUCUUCUUGGAUCCACCUGUAAAUGGUCUUUUGAUUAGAACCAAUGUUCUCUUACAGAACUCAAGAUCUAACCAUGUUGAUCUCCCACAGCUAUCUCCACUGCUACCUCUAAUUCCAAAUGUAAUGCGGUUGGCAUUUCCUGGAUUUAGUGGCACAGAAGCUCAAGUAGCCGAAAGGGUUCGUCAUCACUUGAACUUCGAUCCAACCUCUGCACCUGGUGUUGGAAGAGUUUAUGAUUCUGUUCAGCACAAUGGUCCAAUGGUAGUUACAAGUCUCACAGAAGAGCUGAAAAAACUUGCGAAGCAAGGCUGGUACUGGGGCCCGAUAACGAGGUGGGAAGCAGAGGAGAAACUUACCAAUGUGCCCGAUGGUUCUUUUCUUGUGCGUGAUAGUUCUGAUGAUCGAUAUCUUUUAAGUCUGAGUUUUCGUUCACAAGCCAAAACUCUUCACACUAGAAUAGAACACUCGAAUGGCAGGUUUAGUUUUUACGAGCAGCCUGAUGUGGAGGGUCACACAUCCAUAGUAGAACUGAUUGAGCACUCGAUCAAGGACUCUGAAAAUGGAGCAUUUUGUUAUUCUAGAUCUCGCCUACCCGGAUCUGCAACCUAUCCUGUAAGACUAACAAAUCCAGUGUCCCGGUUCAUGCAAGUGCGUUCGCUACAGUACCUGUGCCGUUUUGUCAUUCGUCAGUACACUCGAAUAGAUCUAAUUCAGAAACUGCCUCUGCCAAACAAAAUGAAGGAUUAUUUGCAAGAAAAGCACUACUGAAAGCUUUCAAAGUCAUGAGCAGAUUGCACUUUUGGAACUGGAAUGCAUUGGAAUAUUUUUUUAAAAAAUAUAUAAUUUAUCAAAGACUAGCUACAAAAGCUUGUUUAGUUGCUGGUGUUCCUUCAUUUUGUAAUCAUCGGGCUUUGCUUUUUUUGCCCCUUUCUUCUCACAUCUGUUACACAGUCUAUUUGCCAAAUAAGAUAUUUUUACUGUUAAGGUACAGCACUUUCUCACUCAUCUCAGUGAGUGAGACAAGUUUUGCUAAAUUUUAGACUGCUAACUGCAGAUUUGUGUAACUGCUAAUUAGUUCUGCAUCUCUACUGGCAUAAUCUUGAUGUAAGCUUCCACUUAAAUCAGUCGCCAAAUGCAAGAACAUAGUGUUAUUUUGACAUUCAAUCUCAUUAAGCAGACCCCAAGAAUUGACGGUGAGGUAAAUGGUGCCUUCUUGGUUAAAGAUUGUUCAACCGCUCAUUUAUAUUUUUUUAUAAAUGGAUUAAUAUGAUUUUUUGUCGCACUAUCAUUAAGGAUGCUAAAUGCUCAUUAUGAUUUUUGGCCCUAAGAUUAAGCCAAGCUGCUUCUGUGCACAGUAAAUGUGCCCAGUUGAAAGAAACUUUUUUGUGGCAGGGGCAGCAGCGAUAUCGAGCUAAACACCUAAGCAAGCAUCUGCUUAAAUCUGAAUUUAUGAUUUGGUUUAUUUGGAAAUGAAGCUGUCUACCUGAUAAGAAAAACAGUUAUUAGAUAUGUAGGGAUCAGCAGAAGGUGCAUGGGGUGCACAAACACAUGCUGCUUAUUUGGAUAGGUUUGUCAGUAUAGGUAGUUCUGCAUAAUCAGCAGCUGGCAGCCUGAAGUGGUUGUGACCAUUUUCCUGUAUACAAAUCAUUGUAUUUCUAUUUCUGACACUAUUAUUUAAAGAGUUCAAGCAGACUUGAGCAUGACUCCAGACAUCUGUGCCUUUUGGGAUUGGAAUUUUUUUAAAAUUUAUGUUUUUUUUUAAAAAAGUAUAGAAUUGUGCUAUCCUGAUUCUUUUGUGUCUUCAUUUUUAUUAGUGUUUGAGUUUGAUUUCAAAAUGCCAUUUUAUGAUACAGCACAAAUAAGAUAAUGUUACCAUAUCUGGUUUGCACAAGUUAAUGUGCAGUUUGUGCUUGUUCAUCCAUGGACCAAUUUUGUAAAGCCAUUAUAACAGUAAUUUUGAGUGAGGGUUUAAAAUUCAGUGGGGCACCACAUUGCAUACAGUAAAUAUUAAAGGAUAUUAUUCCUGUUUUCAAGGGAAUUGAUGAGUCUUAGCUAUGUUUCAAAUUAUGUUUAAAACUGUAAAAUAAAAAAUUCAUAGGACAGCAGCAUAAAUUUCUAUGAGGUAAUAUGGAAUCAAUGUUUACACAGUCCCUUGUUUGAAUUGAGUCGUACAGAUUGCAGUUUGGAAAUCAUGAUCAAGGACUUUGAACAACAUACAAGUCUAUGGAUCAUUGUAACCAGAUUUUUAAAAAUGUUUAAUCACAACAGAGAACUAAUUUCAAUAUUUGGGUGACUCAUUCAGCAUAUUAUGCUGUAGUUCUUUUGUAUUUCAUUAGACUGAUGUUUAGCAAUAAUUUCUUUCCCCUCCUGCCCCCUCCUGUGUUGAAUUACGUUUGUGCACUUUUAGAUUGUGUUCAGUUUCAUUUUUGUUCUUGUAUUUCCAUAUAGAAAACUUAUGUAGUGAACAGGUAAAACAAUUCCUAUAAAAUCAUUUGU